AUAACUAGUUGAGGGGUCCAAGCAAGUUUGUAAAGAGUGUGCGGAGCAAGAAAGAAAGAGGAAGCGUGGAUGUUUCAGUGAAACAACCCUGAAGUGGCGACUGUAAACUGUUAGAUCCUGCAGCUUUUGCAGAAAAUAUAAAAAGAGAAAAUGGUGCUGAAAACUGAACAUAAUGAAACGGAAAGCAGUAUGUCGAGGGAAGCAACUGAUACCGAAGAAAAUGAGUUUAUGGCUUGCAGUCCUGUUCCACUGAACCCAGACUGGUGCAAAACCGCAACUGGUCACAUCAAACGACCCAUGAACGCUUUCAUGGUCUGGUCUAAAAUUGAAAGGAGAAAGAUUAUGGAGCAGUCACCGGACAUGCAUAAUGCUGAAAUCUCUAAAAGACUUGGAAAGCGUUGGAAAAUGCUGAAAGACAAUGAGAAAAUCCCUUUCAUCAGGGAAGCUGAAAGGCUGCGGCUUAAACACAUGGCCGACUAUCCAGACUACAAGUACAGACCCAAGAAAAAACCAAAGCUGGACACAUCUUCAAAGCCAGGCAUGCAGUCACCGGAGAAAACAGGCAGCAGCAAAAUCGCCAAGACACCCGGUAAGAAGUGCAGUAAACUGAAGCCCAGCAAACCGGGUGCCAAGUCUUCUCACGACUACGGGGAAGACUAUUUGUUUGGGAACUUUAAGAGUAACAAGGCUGUUAAAAGUGUUCUCACAGAUGAAGACGACGAAGAUGAUGAAUAUGAUGAUGAUUUACAGAUGAGGAUAAAACAGGAGGAUGAGGAACAAAUGAGGCCGUAUAAUGUAGCAAAAGUUCCUGCCAGCCCGACUUUAAGUUCGUCUACUGAGUCUGAGGGCGCUAGCAUGUAUGAAGAUAUAAGGAAUGCAGCCUCAAACAGACUGUUUUACAAUUUCAAAAACAUUACCAAGCAGAGCACAGCGCAUCCUGCGUCGGUCUCGCCAGCCUCGACCCGGUCAGUUUCCACGUCUUCAAGUUCCAGCGAAGAGGCAGACGACUUGCUCUUUGACUUCAGCUUGAAUUUCACCCCAAACGCUCAAGUAUCAGAACUGGGAAACUCUAAUUCUGGAAAUCUGUGUCUCUCUCUGGUGGAUAAAGAUUUGGACUCGUACAGCGAGGGCAGCUUGGGCUCUCAUUUUGAAUUUCCAGACUACUGUACCCCCGAGCUCAGUGAAAUGAUAGCAGGGGACUGGCUGGAAGCGAACUUUUCAGACUUGGUUUUCACCUACUAAGAUUUAAAAAUAAAUAAAUAAAUAAUAAUGAUAAUAAUAAUAAUCCCUGAUAAACAAGGAGGGAUGAAAGGACAUUGCGUCCUGUCCAAGUUGUUGCUAGCCCUCCCUCUUCUGUGUUGUGGUGUGUGUUGUGUGGUUUUUUUUUAAAUUUUUUAAAAUUUUUUUUUUUUUUUAAAUAUAAUUCCAAGAGGCGAAGUAAGGCGUGCGGGAAUUUAAAAAUAUGCUUAUGAAGCUGGUGGUACGGUAGCAAAAAGUAGUGUUUUAUGUUUUUUUUGUUUUUUGUUUUGUUUUGUUUUUUUGGGGGGGGGGGCAACGUAACAUGAUUUUAUGGAUUCCCUCUAUAGGUCUGCCAAGUAAAAAGUCCACUAAUGGAAAUCAAUGAACACGUCUAUGCAUCUUGCUCAUAAAGCUGCAGGGAGCUGACGGACAACGCAGACUGUGGACUCUGAUUUAAGUGAACUGACUUUGUUAAGGUUAUAUUACUUUGAGAUCCAGUGGUUUUAUGUGAUUUAUAUAUGCCGAUAACGUUUCUUCUUUUUUUUUUUGUAACUGGUUCCCUUAUACAUUUUUGGGUAACCUAGAAAUCACCAGACAGCAGGUAUGGGAGAUCAAAUUUUGAUACAUAACAGACCUCAUCUUUUUAAAUAAAGUAAAAUAUUUUCAGGCAUAUUUUUGUACAGUUAAAAGGGAAUACUCUUGCUGUGCUAUCUCAGUGAGAAAUUCAGGCACUUCUUCCCUUCAUAAGUUUAGCAUGUAAGUAUAUUGGUACGUCCUGGUUUAAGGAUUAAAAGUUAAAGUAAAAAUGUAAAACCUUGCAUCUAAAUGCCUUGUGAUUUUAAACUAGGUUUUGUACAGUUGUAGAUCAGAUUUGUUGAAUAUUUGUAGGAAUAAAAAAAUGGCAUUGGCGAGUGUAGACCUACGAGCUGUUAACUUAGUUUCAAGACUGUAUAUGUAUUGUAAUAUAGCAAAGUUAGGCGUGUAUGGAUAUCAUGCUCGUGAUAUGUGGAUAAGUCCCCAGAUCGCAGGUGUGAAACUGGAUAUUUUUUUUUUUUUUUUUUUUAAUGGCACAUACUGAAAGUUUCUAAUUUUGUGCAAUAUACUCUGAAAUACAGACCAUCUGCAUUUUUGUAGCAAAUGAUGGAAAUACAGACGUGUGCGCUGUCAACAAUAUUACCUGUCUCGAUGCUGAAGUCUGUAUCUUGACAAAGAAAUAAUAAAUCAGCUGGAACUGAUACAAAAAAAAAAAAAAUACGUUGUUGUAAUGGAUUUAUUAACAUGUCUUUUCUUAUACGAUUUCACAUUGGAUUAUAUGAUGCCAAAAUAUGACGAGAUGUAAUAUUCAAAGUACAGUACUGCCAUAUAGGCACGUGCGAUUGUAGGUGGUCUGCCUAAACAUUCCAUUCUGUUUCAUUUUGAAGAAACCUCAUUUAUCAACUAAAGUGACCGGAUUGUCGUUAUUUAAAUUUUUUGUUGCAUUAAUUUGCAUCUGAUUCUUGCACUUAUUGAGCUGAAGAAUCUUUCUUUCAGUUCCUCAACCUAAACCAUUCAGAAACACUGUUAUUUAAUGCACAAGAGGUAUUUGUAGUCUUAGGAAAUGUGAAUUUACCCAAGUUUAAAAUAACUUUUAUACAGGGCAUUAGUCAUAAUUUAUAACCAGU